AUGGGGCUACUCAGCAUCAUCCGGAAGAUCAAGCGCAAGGAGAAGGAGAUGCGCAUCCUCAUGGUGGGCCUGGACAACUCGGGGAAGACGACCAUCGUUCUCAAGAUCAACGGGGAGGACACCAGCGUCAUUAGCCCAACUCUUGGAUUCAACAUCAAGACCAUCAAGUACCACAAAUACUCUUUGAACAUAUGGGAUGUUGGAGGACAGAAGACGAUCAGGUCUUACUGGAGAAAUUAUUUUGAGCAGACUGAUGGGUUAGUUUGGGUUGUUGAUAGUUCAGACAUAAGGAGGCUUGAUGAUUGCCGUGCUGAACUCCACAAUCUCUUGAAAGAAGAGAGACUAGCUGGAGCUUCAUUGUUGGUUUUUGCAAAUAAGCAAGACAUACAGGGAGCUCUAAAACCAGCUGAAAUUGCGAAGGCUGACUCGCCUUCCUUGCUUUCAGGUUCUGAAUCUGGAAGUGAUGGACAGAAGCAGGCACUGGAAGAUUGUGGGAUGCAGCGCGUACACCGGAGAGGGGCUUCUCGAGGGCUUCGACUGGCUGGUCCAGGACGUCGCUUCUCGGAUCUACGUCCUGGACUGAUGAUAUUUGUAGACUGA